AUGGCCAAGCUCGGUCUGGUACGAUGAAUAGAUAGAUACCCACGUGAAUUAGUGUAUGCCUGUCUUAUCUCCCUUAUGUGCAGAGGCACCCGCCCCCCGAACGAGAGCAGGUGGCCCCACCAUACCCGCCACCGCCGCCAUCACACGCCACGGCCGGGACGCUGCCCAGGAGAAGGGCUUGGCUGCUUGGAACUUUCAAGAAUACGGCCAAACACCUAGGACUGGUAGGAUGCUGCACACACAUUGAAGCAACACCUGUUCACAUGCAGUCUUCGCCGCUUCUGUGCCGUUCCGUCCCUCUGCAGAAAGUCCCGUCGCCGCCAGCCCUCGAGAGCGAUGUGACGACGCCAGUGAGGUGGACGCCACUAUAUAUUAUGCAAUAAAUCCGAACAGCCCCGUCAAGUGCCCCUGCCUGUGUCUCGCUGUGUGUGUAUGUGUUUCAGACAUGGCAGUAUCCCAUUGCUGUCUACAUUUUAUAUUUCGUCAACUCCUUUUGCCUUCACCCGCGCAUCCCACGAGAUGGCGAAGCAAGAGAAGGAUCAUGGAAGGUGGUCGAACUGUGGGAUACACUAGCGAAUGGACUGUCUCUCCUUGUUUACGGGUGCCGUUUGUGUGUGGUCUUUUCUCUCUUCGUGUAUGUAUGUGCUGUAGUGUGCAUAUGUCUCUCUCUCUCUCUCUCUCUCUCUCUGUCUUUGUGCGUAUGUGUGUGUCAGUUUUGGGCGAGCUGUUGCCCCGACCUUUUGGCCCCAGCGACCCCCCCACACCAUGCCGACGCCGCCCAAACGAAUCCCUCUCUCACGGUGCGGGGGGGAGGGGCCCGAGGAUCGACGACCGCUUCGCCAUGGUCCGAUGGGUAAGUUUACAACACAGACAGACAGCAGAAGGCCAAAGCCCACCAAGCAACUUAUUUACCUACUCUCUCGGCUUGGCUUGACGACCUGUGUCCUGCACGUGUAUGCCUGUGUUUGGUUCAGCACGCCCCGCACCACAUCGACUCGGCAAGCCCCGACAACAAAGUCGACAACAACGACGGCAGCGGUGGUGGCAAGGGCAAGAAUGCCCGAUGGCUGCCCAACAUAUGUGCGGCAUUCCCGCGCACCCACCGGUGGCUUCUGGACAAGUUUCCGAACACAACGGCUACGUUGGGCCUGGUAGGAUGAAUAGAUAGAUACCCACGUGAAUUAGUCUGUCUUAUCUCGUUAUGUGCAGCGAAAUCGGCCGCCCAAACCGAAGCAGGCGCCGCCAUAUCCGCCACCACCGCCUUCCAACUCGACCGGGCCGCUGCCAAGGACGAGGAAAUUUCUGCUCUCCACAUUCAAAAAUACGGCAAAACAACUGGCAUUGGUAGGAUGCUGCACAUACAUUGAAGGAACACUCCUGUGCCGUUCCGACCUUCCCAUCACAGGCGCCAGCACCAGCAUCUCCAUCGCCCCAGCAGCAGAUGACCCCGCCCAGCCAGCCGCCCCCACCUCCUUCGCCCCCACCACCACCACCCCCGCCCAAGACCAACGCCACGGGCCCAACGACUGGUACGAGGGAGGAGCCAAGACGGUGACGACUGUGAUUGUGUUUGCUGUGUUACAAUUUGUAUGUUUGUAUGUUUGUUGAUUGCAAUGCAUGCAGGCAAGUCGUAUAGCGACACGGUGAAGGACAGCGUCGUCAAGGAGGGCCCGGCAGGGGCAGCGCCGGUAGCUGCCACACUACCCAAGGUCAGAGAGAGAGUGAAGUGAGCUGAGUGAGGCGACAUGUCCAUCAGCCGAUGGUUGCAAGAGCAAGACGACCCGAUGGCUGGGAAUAUUCCCACGCACACAGAAGUACCUGCUCGACAAUUUUCCACACACAAUGGCAAACUUGGGCCUGGUACGAUGAAUAGAUAGAUACCCACGUGAAUUGGUUUAUGCCUGUCUUAUCUCCCCUAUGUGCAGAGGGAGCCGCCGCCCGAACGAGAGCAGGCGGCGCCCUACCCGCCACCACCGCCAUCAUCACAGACCGCCGCCAAGCCGCUGCCCACGGACCACAGCUUUCCUUCUCUCAACAUUCAAAAAUACGGCGAAACAUCUGAAAUUGGUAGGAUGCUGUACACACAUUGAAGCAACACUCCAGAAGCAAGAAUGGCCUUGCAACUGUGGAUCAUCAUUGGCUGCAUCCAUCGUGUUGCAUCAGGACUCGACGUCGAUGGACAGCCCUCUGCAGGCCACCCACACACUCGCAUCGCCAGCACCAGCACCAGCACUCGCUGAACCACAGGCCGCCGAUGGAGACCAAAGGCAAGGGGGAGCUACAGCAGAUGCCGCCAUGGACGCGCCACCUGCACCUGCAGGUCCAGAAGAAGCCGUAGAGGGCCAGCAGGCACCGGCCACAGGCACUGCUGCGGCAAUGGAGGUGGAGGACGACCAACAGCAGCAGCGGUGGCGCGGCCUCGAGGCCCGACGUUUUGGCCCCAACGAGCCCCCCGACCCCCUGCCGACAAAGCCGCGAAGAGUCCCCAUCUUGCCGCCGCCCGAGACGGUGCUGUCUGCCGUGGGUGCGGGGGGAAGGGGGCAGCAGCAGCCGCCGCAACAGCCACACCCACAGCCACAGCAGCAGCCACAGCCACAGCCACAGCAGCAGCCACAGCCUGCCGCCGUCAAAGGUACGCACACACACACACAUGCACACACAUCCCCCGCAACACAGCCAUCUCUCCACCUGUCCAUGCGUGUGUGUAUGUCUCUCUCUCUCUGUGUGUGCGCCUCUCCCUCCCCCCUCCCCCUCUCACCCAUUGCCUCACGUCAGCCAUGGUAGAGUAUUGGCUGAAGCAACAGGAGGCUCGGGCCGCCCAGCACCGGGAGGAUCUGGCACAGCAGCAGCAGCAUCACCGGCAGCAGAUACGGCAGAUGAUGCAGCAGCAGGCCGAGAUGCAGCAGCAGAUGCUGGAGCAGCAGCAGGCGCUGCUCAGGCAGCACCCAAUCUUCUCACGCCACUUUUCCAACCGGGGUAUGUACCACACACAUGCUCACAGACAGAUGGACAGGCGGACGGACAGGCAUGAGAGCGGGACUGUUUCUCUCUCUCUCUCUCUCUCUCUGUGUGUGUGUGUGUGUGUAUGUGUCGGAUUGCAGACGUCCAGGCCACCAGCGUACGCAGAUGA